AUCAACUCACUCCCUUCCUUCACUCCAAGCAGACAAACCAUCUCUCUGCAAAUUACACAAAAAUCCUUAAGCCCUGGUGGUAAUAGAUCUUUGACACAGAAACUUGUUUCUUUCUUCACAAUGGCGACAAUCAACGGAAUUAAUCACACGACCGCCAACCUGGCCACACCGGCUACCAACAAUAACAGCAACAACAACAAUGGCAACUCGUCCUCCAGGACAUCAUUUGCUGUCAAGGCCGGCCUCGCCCAGAUGCUCAAGGGCGGCGUGAUCAUGGACGUCACCAACGCACAACAAGCCCGUAUCGCCGAGGAGGCCGGUGCGUGCGCCGUCAUGGCCCUGGAGCGCGUGCCCGCCGACAUCCGCAAGGACGGCGGCGUGGCGCGCAUGUCGGACCCAGCCGUCAUCAAGGAGAUCCAGGACGCCGUGACGAUCCCCGUCAUGGCCAAAGCCCGCAUCGGCCACUUUGUCGAGUGCCAGAUCCUCGAGGCCCUGGGCGUCGACUACAUUGACGAGUCCGAGGUGCUCACCCCGGCCGACAACGCCUACCACGUCGAGAAGGGCGGCUUCGGCGUGCCCUUUGUGUGUGGGUGCCGCAACCUGGGCGAGGCCCUCAGGCGCAUCGCAGAGGGCGCCGCCAUGAUCCGCACCAAGGGCGAGGCCGGCACCGGCGACGUCGUCGAGGCCGUCAGGCACAUGCGCACUGUGAGUGCCGAUAUUGCCAAGGCCAAGGCGACGCUGGCUGCCGAGGGCGAGGUGGGCAUUCGGGCGCUUGCGAAGGAGCUGGGCUGCGACGCCGCCCUGUUGAGGCAGACGGCCCAGCUCGGCCGUCUUCCUGUCGUCAACUUUGCCGCGGGAGGUGUUGCCACCCCUGCUGAUGCCGCUCUGAUGAUGCAGCUUGGCUGUGAUGGCGUUUUUGUCGGCAGUGGCAUUUUCAAGUCGGGCGAUGCAGCCAAGCGGGCCAAGGCUAUCGUCAAGGCGACUACGCACUACAAAGACCCCAAGGUGCUGGCUGAGUGCAGUACCGGUCUUGGGGAGGCCAUGGUUGGUAUCAACUGUGACAGUAUGAAGAAGGAGGAGAGACUUGCUGGUCGCGGGUGGUAA